GGACUAGGACUAGGACUAGGACUAGGACUAGGACUAGGACUAGGGGUAUUUGAUUCUCUGUUAUUACACGUUAUUCCUGCCCCAGUGGAUCUCUGGAGGCAGCAGGAGACGGGACUGUGCCCCAGUCCUGUGUGGCUCCCCCAUCCUUCCCUCCCUGAAGGAGACGUAUCCUGGGGACGCUGUCAUUGAUGUGAAGAGUCCAGAUCUCGGGGAGAGAAGGAGCUCUGUCACCGCUCCCCUUGGCAGCUCCUGGUGCCUCAGGUGGAGGAUUGGGGUGUGGUGGUUCAGGGCUGCAACCCCCCUCCCCAAGCCACCUACCUGGGGGCCAUGGAGCAGGUGCAGAUGAUCAACAUCCAGCGGCUGCUGGAGGCGGCAGAGUAUCUGGAGCGAAGGGAGAGAGAGUGUGAGCAUGGCUAUGCCUCGACCUUCCCCUUGUUACCAAGCCCUGGACUGCAGGAUCCAAAGCCAAUGCGGAGGCUGAGCCGUGUGAGAAAACACAGCAGCGGGGGCAGCAGUACAAGCACUGCCAACAGGUCUACACACAACGAACUAGAGAAGAACCGACGUGCUCAUCUACGCCUGUGCUUAGAACGUUUAAAGGUUCUGAUACCACUAGGGCCAGACUGCACCCGGCACACAACGCUUGGGCUGCUUAACAAAGCCAAAGCACACAUUAAGAAACUUGAGGAGGCCGAGAGGAGAAGCCAACACCAGCUUGAAAACCUGGAACGAGAACAAAGAUUCUUAAAGAGAAGGCUGGAACAACUGCAAGGUCCUCAGGAGAUAGAACGAAUACGAAUGGACAGCAUUGGCUCAACCAUUUCCUCUGAUCGCUCGGAUUCAGAGCGAGAAGAGAUUGAAGUGGAUGUUGAAAGCACAGAGUUCUCCCAUGGAGAAGUGGACGAUAUCAGCACAACCAGCAUCAGUGACAUUGAUGAUCACAGCAGCUUGCAGAGUAUUGGGAGUGACGAGGGUUAUUCCAGCGCCAGCAUCAAACUCUCGUUCACUUCCUAGAACAAAGUGAGACAACAAUACAGGGCGGAUUAUUCCACUGGAGUAAUCUGAGUUCAGACUGGGUUCUAGAUGCAGUAUCCUCUUUUAGAAAUGACAUGUCAACAAUGAUAGACUUAUAUAUAUGUACCCCCUUGGGCAAUAGGAGGCCUCCAUAGGAACCCAUGUAUGUCCAUUGGGUCAUGUUGCAAAAUCUUGGUUUCCCCUAGUGUAGUGAGACUGAAUCUUGGUCCUUCUGAAGUCAGUGACAAAACUCCAGUUGGCUUCAGUGAGACCUGGAUUUGGCCCUUGCAUGAUAAAUUACUUUGCUUUGACUUUGUUUAUUUGAAAGAGGAUACUGGAGAUUCAGCCCUCUCUCUCUCUCUCUCUCUCAAUUUGUCAUGAGAUCUGAGAAACGUCCAGUUUUUCUCAUACUGCAUUCAGAUAGAACAACUUGGUUUAGACCCUUCGGGUACUUUCCUGGUCCGGAAAUGACUCUGUCCUAAUAUUUGAUCACCAUCAGGCAUUAUAGUAACAUAGCAGGAAGUCGCAGCAGCUUGGCCAUGAAGACGUGUCCCACAACCUAUGAAUAAUAAUAGGUGUUUGUUCAGUUCAUGCCCAGAGAGCGAGGCAACAGUGAAGAUUGUUCAGGAGAAAUCAUCAUUCAGCUCAACGUUCUGUUGGACAUGAUUUAAAGCAAGUACCUCUACCACAUUGCUAGCACUAGGGUACUAAACUGUAAUCUACCAGCACGUGGCAGGCUGCGUUGUGGAAUGAGGCUGUGAGUCCACACACACACACACACACACACACACACACACAGUUGAGGACAGAAAGAAACCAGCGUGUUUCAUGCCCAGAUACUGAGCCACUAUGACCUUUUUAUUUAAAGAUCUUUUGAUAAACAUUUGUAAAUGUGUUCGGAGUAAAAACACUCCAAAUGUGACACGUCUUUUUAGAGCUUGUCCAUAUGAAAUCUUCAAUGUCUUUUAUAAUGGAUUAACGCCACUGAAAAGGUAACUGUUUUGAUGUAGCACUUGACCUGGUGAAACACAAAAAUGCUCUUUGCUAUGCACAACACAAACAAGGUCUGUGCUAGCUUGGAAAGGUCAGGGUUGCUGGGUUUUUUUUGGUUUCCUUUUUUGAGUGUCAUUCCUCUUGCAAACUUUGAAGGCGCCUGAUCCCCUACAGUAGUCACAGUUCAAUAGUUAAGCUCAGCACUUGUCUCAUCUUAAUGUAACAUUUGGCCUGCGCACAUCCCCGUGCGUAUCCGCUAUCUCACCUAUGCAGGUGUUUGUUGCUAUUGAGAGCUAUUGUAUUAAAUAUUUUAUAAUUUUCUUGGAGGUGAGAUUUCUAACCUGCACUUUGAGGGCUUUGCUUUCUUGUGUUUUGUUUUGUUUUUUUUUUAAAUGGUGAGAAUUAUUUUUUUGUUUUCCAAGUUAAAAAUCUUCUUACAGAGACCUCACCAAUGGCAUUGUUUGAAAUUUUGUAUACCUUGAAGUAAUUUAACUACCCCUCAUUACUAAGGAAAAAAAUAAAAGGAAAAAAUGCUUUAUAAAAUUCGUAACUUAUUGCUGAUUUGAAUGGGUUGUUAAUUUCAGUUCUGUUGAUUUUGAUUUUAUUGUUUUUAGGUAGGGUUGGGCAAAAAACAAAAAAAUGAAGACAACCUUAUUUAGCAGUGCAGUGGAAUUGUGUUUAUAUGUUAGACUAUGGUCCCACAUUAAAGUAGCACUUUAACACCAUUAAACAUUUAUGGAUCUGAAA